AUGGCCACGAAGAUAAAAGGUCUUAUCCUCCAGGCAAUCGAAGAAGUAACUGCGCCGACGAGCAACAGUCUUAUCAAGUGCAUAGAGACCAUGGCAAAGCACCAGAACACUUCUGCCGAUAUAACUGGGAAGAUCGAUGCUGUCAGGGCAGCCAAUGCCGAUGUCCAGCGAAUGACGGAGUUACUUAGUAACAUUAAGGUAUCAAGUCAACAACAGGCCGAGGCAUUCAAAUCCGAGGGAGUAGCAAUCAACAAGCUGCUCCCGGCAAUUCAAGAUUACCAUGACGGUAUCGACAGGCUGAAGCACAGUGAGAGCAAGGAGUAUAUUGCCCGCAUUUGUUUAUUGGUGUUCUUUACCUUUGUGCCCUUGGGCCUGAAGUCUCUUUUAACCCCCGUCGCAAGCGCAUACACCUAUUGA